AUGGCGGAGAUGGGUGGUAAGGAAUUGGAACAGGAGAUUCGCGUGGCUGCGGCUAAUAUCGCAUCUUGGCUAACCAAGUACAAGCAGUCGAUCGUGGUGGACUCUUCUAAUUGGUUGAUGAUUAUCACGGAAGCCGGGUACUUGCGCUGA